AUGGAAGUGGAAAGGCAGUCAUCAAGUGGAGAUGCAUCAAUAGAUGGUAGUACUGCUAGUUUGACAAGAAUGCAACAAAGAGAACAAGAAUGUGCAAGUGUUGUUGAAUCGCUGAUUCUAAAGCUUGAAAAAAUGUCUGAUUCUUCUACAGUAUCUCCUGACAACUCUAAUUCUUCAUCUUCUACAACAGCUCAGCAUACUGAUGGUGAACAUUAUCACAGUCACUCUCAACAAGUUCACAAUCAUAAGCUAAAUUUUUCGCAAAAAGAGGGCAACUAUGUUCAAAAUAUUCAACAAAUAUUAUCAUUAAAUGAAGAGACAUCAGAUUGUAAUAAUGAUUCUACAAAAGUGACAAGUAAUGAAAUAAUGACAAAUGAUAAUUCAGUGAUUACAGAUGAUUUCAAUAUCUAUUUGGAUGACAAAUAUGCAAAUUGUGAUGAAUGUAAAACAAAUUUGCAAGUUAUUGAUAAUAAGGUAGUCAAGAAUAAUAGUAAUGAGGAAGGUAUGAUGGGAUUGAAUCAACAAAAUACGAGUAUUAUAGAUACAAAACAUCUAAAUCAUAUUCAGGUUUUAGAAGCAAGUAAUGCCGAACUUACACUUCAGAAUAAAAAUGAUAACAACAGUAAAGCAAUGAUGACGAAUACAACGGAUGACUUGGUCGAUAAGGAAAUUUUUGCCACAGAUAAUAUUCGCAUUGAUUCUUUUAAUGGUAAUGAUAAUGAUAAUAUGAGUGCAUUACGGAAUGUUGAUCAAGACGAGUUCAGAUUGAAGAUUAAAAACGAAAAUGAAAAGGAGAAGGCAGAAGUAUUCAUGGAUUCUAAAUAUAUUUCUGAAUCUCAAAAAGUUAUCCCUGAAUCAUUUGAAGAAAACAUGUGCAAGCAGAAGCAACAGCAUUGUUUAUUGAAUGAGCAUUUGAGAUCAACUGAAAAUUUGUCAACACUGAAUGAAAUAGUGGAAGAUAAGUUGACAGUUUCCAAGAGAUUUAGUGAAGAAUUGAGUAUUGUGAAGAAUAAAGAUGAAGCAGUUAAUCAAGACGAAGAGUUAUCUCUUGAUUGGCAGCAAAAUUUUUUAAAUGAAUCACAAUUAUUCCGUUACGACAAUUCAUCAGUUGCUGAAUUUGAGGUUUCAAAUGAUUCAGAAGCAAUGAAAGAUUGUGAACAUAGCAUAAAUGGUGAAAUGACAGCCCAAAUGAAAAGUAAAUUUUAUGGAGUUAUUACUGGGCUUUGGAAGCAUACAGGAUUCAGUAAAAAACGUCAGGGAAAUUGUGAACAAGCAGCACAGAAUGUUUCACUAGAAUCUACAGAUAUAUUAUCAAAUGAUGUAUGUGAUAAGAAUUCAAUGUUGCGCCUGCAAUCUUCUCAAUUAUUUCCUUCCAAUUCUGUUUCAUCUUGUGAAACUGGUACAGAUUCAUUGGUUAAAUGUGUAGAUUCUCACGUUGAAUCUAGUGAUACUGUCUUAUUUCAUGAAGAUUCUACGUUCGAUACUGCACCUUCGAGUACUUCCACAGCUGGCGAUAAUUUGUUAUUAAAUUCAGUUAAUGAUAAAACUGAUAUAAGUACGACAGAAGUUUUAAACGUACUAUCACCUGAUUGUUCAUAUAUUCCUGAAGAAGCAAACAAAAAUUCAGACGAUUCAUGGGAAAGAUCAGAAUUUUUGAAAAAAAGCAGAAAGAUGAAGACAGAAUCAACAAAUUUGUUUGCUUUCGGUCAUAAGGUAAUUAAUUAUGCAAAUCUUUGUUAUUGUUGUGUUGAACUUUUCAACUUUAUCACUUCUAUGCUUGAUAUCUUAAGCACAUUAAUAGUGUGA